CCGAAGGACCCAGAAACGCAAAGCUAGAGAAAGAGAAUAUGGGUUUGGCGCUCUGAGAAAGAGAAGGUGACAGACAGACACAGAGAGAGAGAGAGAGAGAGAGAGAGAGAGAGAGAGAGAGAUGGUGAGAUCGGCGAUUAAGCGCUUGGCGCCGUACCUAGCAGGCCGAAUCCGAGAGAACCAGAGGCUUCUAAGCUCCGUUUCUUCGUCUUCUGUUCUUCACGAAGACCCUCCAUCUUCUUCUUAUUCAUCUCCGUCUCCGUCUCCGUCUCCGUCUCCUUCCCUCGAUGCCCUUCAAUUGACUGAAAAUUGCGUCCGGAGAAUGAAAGAGCUGCAAGCUGGUGAGGCAUCGGAUGAUGAAAAGAUGCUUCGGUUGACUGUGGAAACUGGUGGAUGUUCCGGGUUCCAAUAUGUUUUCGAUCUGGAUGGCAAAACCAACUCAGAUGACAGGGUUUUUGAGCAGGAAGGAGUUAAAGUGGUGGUCGAUAAUAUUUCAUAUGAUUUUGUAAAAGGGGCAACCGUUGAUUAUGUUGAGGAGCUGAUUCGUGCGGCUUUCAUGGUGACAGAAAAUCCAAGUGCAGUGGGCGGGUGCAGUUGUAAAAGUUCUUUCAUGGUUAAACAGUAGCGUCGUUGCAAGUACCUUCCCCCCUCCCCCGUCUUCCGGCACAGCGAAGAGGUCAUUCGAGUUUAGCCCUAAUUGGUCAUUACUUCAUAUAAUUUUUUUUUCUUCCCAAUAACAACCAUUUGAGCAAACUGACCAUCUUUGUAUAAUGUCAUUGGAUGUAAGAGAGCAACUUGUAACCACAAAUCUGUCAUUUAGCUCCUCUUGUAAUUUUUCAUCUUUGAUGGCUUAUAUUAUGCAUUUCCAACACCGAUUUUUAUUAGCUUGUAGCUCUUACAGCCUCUUGAUGAUUGUUGGCUUGUGGCAACUAGCAAGCUACAAUGCUACAUAAGCAUGUAUUGCUGUAGAUUCUGGAGAUAGAUGUAAAAAUGGUUUGGAUGGCA